AUGAAAAUCGCUGUAGAAGGUUGUGCCCACGGUGAGCUGGAAAAGAUAUACGAUUGUAUUCAAACUAUACAGGACAGAGAAAACAUUAAAAUAGAUUUACUAAUAUGUUGUGGUGAUUUUCAAGCUGUGCGAAAUCAUAGUGAUUUAAAAGCAAUGGCUGUUCCAGAAAAAUUCCAGCACAUGUGUUCAUUUCAUAAAUAUUAUAGUGGUGAAAAAAGAGCUCCAAUACUAACAAUUUUUAUUGGUGGUAACCAUGAAGCAUCAAAUUACUUACAAGAGUUACCAUAUGGAGGCUGGGUAGCACCAAACAUUUACUACUUGGGAAGAGCUGGUGUUGUAAAGUUUGGAGACCUAAGGAUAGGAGGUAUGUCAGGUAUAUAUAAACCUUUUGACUAUCGCCAAGGAUUAUGGGAAGCCCUGCCUUAUACUCGAAGCUCAUUGAGGACAGUAUAUCAUGUGAGAUCACUGGAUGUAUUCAGAUUGAGUCAAUUAAAGGAUAAAGUAGAUGUUAUGUUGUCGCAUGAUUGGCCAAGAGGCAUAACGGAAUAUGGAAAUAAAGAGGCUUUACUGAAGCGCAAACCAUUUUUCAGAGAAGACAUAGAGUCCAAUCAAUUAGGCAGUAUACCAGCAGAGACAUUAUUACAUACUCUCAAACCAGACUAUUGGUUUGCAGCACAUUUGCAUUGCCAAUUUGCUGCACUUGUCAAACAUGAAACAAAUACAGAGACAAAGUUCUUAGCGUUGGACAAAUGUUUGCCUAAACGCAGACAUUUGCAAAUUCUCGACAUACCCACUGAGAUUGAAGGUGAACCAUGUCUAAAAUAUGAUGUUGAAUGGUUGGCUAUUUUGAAGAACACCAAUCAACUUUUGACGGUUAAAAAUGUAGACUGCCAUAUGCCCGGGCCAGGUGGUAAUGAAAGAUAUGAUUUUACCCCAACAGAAGAGGAAAAAGAAAAUAUAAAGAAUUUAUUUGAUAGUCUAAUUAUAAAACAAGAAACUUUUGUAAGGACAGCACCUGUUUUCGAUGUAAAUAGUCCCAAGGUUGCCCCACAAGAACCUAUAAUGAAUCCACAAACAGUAGAACUAUGCGAAAAACUGGGCAUAGAUGAUCCUGUUCAAGUGGUUCUGGCUAGAAUGGGUCGAACUAUGAAACCUGCACAAGUUGAAACAAAUAAUGAAAUAUCUAGUUCUACAGAGAGCACGCCAAUGAAGUUUCAAAUGUCCAAGUUAUCAUUACCAGCUCCAGUCACGCCAAGUAACGAUGAUAGUCAACAUUCAUUACCAAAAUUACUUUUAUCAGAGACUGAUUGCAGUUUUGUGUCAGAUAAUUCUAGUAAUGUGUCAGAGUGCAAAACACCAACAUCAGUGGAACCCAAGAAAACAUUCAAAAGACGUAACUUAUCAAUCUAUAAUUCCCCAGAACUAGAUUUAAGUCCAAGCACUGAUUCAAGUUAUUUGGGAGAUUCUGAGAGUCCCCACUCUAACAAAAUAUCUUGUACAAGAAAUGAUUCUUAA